UCUGAGCGCUUCUCGGCUGUCUGCUGCUCCAGAUAAGCGUCCAGUUUGCCAUUAAAGGCACGAUCGAUCGGAAGUAUUCCGAACGAAGCGUCUCUAGCUUGUUAAUCGAAGCAGUGACCGUGAACUGUGUUGCAUGGAGAAUGGUGCCCUCUAGCCUUCCAAAAACGUCACAAAUGGUACACAUAACCAAGUUUUGGUGGCUGAUGCUAUUUUUGGUUGGUGUUGCCUUCGGACAGCGGCGAGUGAAUCAGGCGUGCAUUCUAGCGAAUGGGAGUUCCGGACGGUGCAUCCGUAUUGGCGAGUGUUCCAAGAUAGUGGAGCUGACGACCCGAAAUGUGCUAUAUUCGUGGGAAACGCAACAGAUAAGGGCGGUGUUGCGUGCCUGCGAAAGUGAUGAGAGCUCAUCCGACCCGAUCGUUUGUUGUGAAUCCGCGCAAUCAACGCCAACAAGACGUACACUGAACAGUGGUGUAGCACCCACUACUACCACUGCAGCAAGCACUACGCCUAUUGCGACCACGAGAAGACCCACUCGUGUGCGAGUUACUACGCAACGCAGCACAACGGCGAGAAGACGGACGCCUACUACCGUGCGUACAAGAAGCACCACAAUCCGUUUGGACCACUUUAAGGAUGUGUUGCCGGCACGUUGUGGUGAACAGCGGCCUUCAUGGAACGUCUGGUCAGACAUUGAGGACGAUGAUAACAUCCACGUGUGGGCCGUUUACUUGGAGAUUCAGCGUCCGAAGAGCACCACCAAGGGACGAUGUGUGGGAACCUUGAUCCACGAACGGUACGUCCUAACCGCAGCACACUGUGUCCACAACUUGAAGUUGGAAAAUAUCAAACUGUACUUCGGACUGUUCUUGAUCAGUACGCUGGCUCAGUGUCUAGCCGAUCGUGUGUGCCAGGAACGGCGGGCAGCAGAACUGAUCGUCCAUCAGGAUUAUAACUCUCAUGCCCGAUUGAAUGAUAUCGCACUCAUCAGGGUUAACGAAGCCGUUCAAUUCACAGAUGAUGUCAGACCCGCCUGUCUACCUUUGGACUAUCUGUUUGACGAAAGUUUAGCGAAUGACUCACGAGUGCUUUCGCUCGGUUGGGGUGAAUACCAACAAGGUACAAUGAGCGAUUCUAAACGAAUCGUGGCGCUCAAUGUAAUCGAACAGGAGGAAUGUGGCGAGCAGCUAAGAAAAUGGCAACGAUUUAACGCAUCCAUGCUCUUCAGUGUCAUGUGUACGGUUGGUGUGCAAGCCGGCCAGGACGUUUGCCAAGGUGACUCGGGUGCUCCGAUACUGCAGUUGAAGGAUGGUCGAUUCUUUUUGGUCGGUGUGGUCAGCUUCGGUCCCAAAUGUGGUAUGAGCACGGGCAAGGCCGGUAUGUCGAUGCGGGUAUCAGAGUACAAAAAUUGGAUUCUUACCAAUUUGAAGCGAAUCGAUGGUGGGAGUUAGAAGAAAAAAGAUUCAUAAAUUUAGUGUGGAGUGUAAAAGAUAAUUGACAUGAAGAGUAAGAUAAAUCAACGCAAGUUCAAAUGUUGAUCUUUCCCAAAUAGCACAAUAAAGCUCGAGCAAACAUUGAUUUUCGGUUACCUGAAAUCAAAACAA